AUGGAGAUCAAAGGUUAUUCGGACCUCUGGAAAGCCAUCAUCAGGCCUCCCAGAAAUGAUGAUUACGAUGAUGCUGAACUCGGCCCGCCUGAGUUCCAAAUCAAAGGAAGGCGUUUCAAGCGGACUGAUGUCGACCUUGUCAACGACAGAGAACUGACGAUCAAGUGCACCCACUAUGAGCCCAUCGACAGCCAGCGGCCGUGCAAAGAACUCCCUUGUGUGCUCUACUUGCAUGGAAACGCUUCCAGUCGGACCGAGGCCAUGCCGGCAGUGAAGCUGCUGCUGCCAGAAGACAUCACAGUGUUUACCCUGGACUUCGCAGGCUCUGGCAAAAGCGACGGGGAGUACAUUUCGCUCGGCUGGUACGAACGAGACGAUGUGGCCACUGCUGUUGAGUAUCUCAGGGACCUUGGGACUGUAGCUACGAUCGGGCUGUGGGGCCGAUCAAUGGGAGCAGUGACAGCUUUGUUGCAUAGCGACCGAGACCCGUCGAUUGCAGGGAUUGUGUGUGACUCAGCGUUCAGCGACCUUAAAUAAACUGUCAAGUCAGCUUGCUAAAAAGUACACAAAAAUGCCAGGAUUCGUUGUUUCAAUGGGAACUAAAUUCAUCGCAAAAUCUGUAAAAGAUAGGGCAAAAUUCCAACUAGCUAAAGUGAAACCAAUAGAUCAUAUAGAUAAAGCCUUUGUCCCGAUUCUUUUCGGUCAUGCUAAAGAAGAUGACUUUAUCCUUCCUUCUCAUUCUGAAGAGCUCCAUGAGAAAUAUGCUGGUGAUAAGAAUUAUAUUUCCUUUGAAGGGGAUCAUAACUCAACAAGGCCUGCAUUCUUUGACGAUUCUGUCGUUAUUUUCUUUAUUAAUUCUUUACAAGUCCACAAUAUUGUCCCACAAGAUAAGAAACAUUUUGAUGCACCUCCUAGUUCAGUCCCAGAUUUCGAUGUCUCUGAUGGUUUUGCAUUUGAUGAUGAUAUGGACCAAUACUAUAAUGGAGGAUUUGGCCAAGAUAUUUCGGAAGAAGAUAUGAUCAAAAUGGCAAUGGAAGAGUCUCUCAAAUCAGCAGGAAUGGAGUCUCAUCCAGACCCAUCAGCCCCAGAGGAAGCAAAACAACCAGAACAGACAGAAGAUGAAUUCUUAGCAGAUGUAUUCGGUCUGAAUGACGGUGAUAAAUAAACCUACUCUGUUGGAAAUUAUCGAUCAGGUUUAAAUCCCUUUCCUAUUUGU